UUGCUUUUUGAAAAACCAUUUCAUUUUUAAUUAGUACAGUGAAAAAAAAAAACGGAUUGAAAAUGGAACAACAAAGCACACACAGCUAGAAGGUAUGAUCAGCUGUCACAUACUGUCCUGAACAAAGAGUGGGCUGUAGUGGGGGGUGUAAUGGAGCUACUGGAACUCUCUUGUUUGUGCACAGAUGAGCCUGUAACAGUAGGGGGCUGAUUCAGGAGUUAUUAGAGCCUAUAGGGAGAUUGUGCAACACAAAGGAGAGGAACGGUGCUCAGUAGUAAACAAGGCCAUUAAUCCAUCAGCAUGGAACCGUCGAGAACAAGCAGGAGGAUAAUGUAGUUGAUGUAGGAGGUUAUAAGUAGAGGACCCACCUGUGCUAGGACUCAGCUGUUACACAGGCCCAGUCAGACCUCACCUCCUGCUUCUCCUCAGUGACUGCUCUCGAGAAUUGACUCUGCCUGAUCACUUGUUUUUCCACCCCGAAGCCAUGCAUCCCCAGCGCCCUCUUCCCCAGGCCAUGCCCUCCUCCUCUCUGGGACAGCACCUGCGGGACAUGGCUAUGGGUCUUGGACGCGGCAAGAACUUCUUGGGGGGAAACUUUGCUUACAGUUUCAUCCAGUCGGUUAAGGAGUGCCUCUAUUUCCUCCUGUGCUGCUGGUGCAUCAAAGAGAUCCUGGACUGAGGGACUGAGAAAGAGUAUAGAUCGAGUGGUCAAGCAUUGAUUUUUCCCCUUUUUUUCUACGUUGGCUCCUAGAGAUUAAUUUCAACCUACUUUUAUUCAAUCAGGGAUUGAGUGUUUGAUAAGUGAUGCUGGCAAAACAGUGGCAGGGUGUCCCUCUGAGUUUCCAGUGAAUACGCUGCCACAUUUCUGGAUGCCACCACGUACUAAUGAUCAUUGUGUGACUGGUCAGAGUUCCCUGAAUUCAACCCUGCUGACCUGAGAUCUGAAGGAAUGGCACCCCCGAUGAUCACUGUACAACACAAACUGGUGUGCAUAAUAAAGGAA